ACUCCCUCCCAGCCAACCCCCAACAAGGGCCAAUGGGAACACAGUUCCAGUUAUCAUUUUACUCUCUUUACAGUAGGGUUUUAAAACAUUUCUCCAAACCCCCAGAUAAUUAGACAAAAAAAAAAAGAAAGAAAGAAAACCCCAAUCACUCUCUCACUCUAUCUUCAGAAAGAUGGUUUUGAAGCACAAUGAAAAGGGUUUUGAAGUUCUGUAAUGGCAUCGGGUAGUAUAGCAAGUAAAUUAGCGAGGGAAAUUGGGAGUAUAGUGAAGAAAGCAGUAAGCUCAAACAGAGGAUGGUACGGCCCCCACAUGGCUGCGGCCUCAUGUGCCAUUGCUCAACGGCUUCCAUUGGUCGAUCACAUUGUUGAGAUCAGAGAUGCCAGGAUUCCUUUAUCGUCUGAGUAUGAGCUGUUGAGAAUCGUUCCUCCUCGUCCUCCUUCGAAGCGAAUUGUUGUCAUGAAUAAGAUGGACCUCACAAACCCAACCCAAAUAAAGGAAUGGAUGAGAUAUUUUGAGCAACAAAAGUGCAUUUCUUAUGGAGUCAAUUCCCAUAACAAGGAUAGUGUCAAAGGGUUGCUUAACUUUAUACAAGCUCAAGUUAGGGAACUGAACAAAGCUGAUCAUCGUUUUAGUGACGCCAUAACAGUAAUGCUAGUUGGGAUUCCUAAUGUUGGUAAAUCAGCACUCGCUAAUUCUUUGCAUCAGAUUGGGAGGAUUAGUGCUGCAGAGAAAGGUAAAUUGAAGCAUGCUUUGGUGAGUCCUCAGCCUGGAGAGACAAAAGAUAUCAGCAGCUUGAAGAUUGGUAGCCAUCCCAAUAUCUAUUUGUUGGAUACUCCUGGUAUUUUGCCUCCUACCAUUCAUGAUGCAGAGCGCUGCUCCAAGCUAGCAUUAACAGGAGCAAUUAGAGACAGUUUGAUUGGGCUAAAGGACCUUGCUCAAUAUUUUUUGGCUAUUCUCAACUUAAGUGACCAGUAUAAAAACUGGGCAAAAUUAUCAACCAAUUGGGGUAAGGUGUCAAUUUUAGAGCACAAAGGAGAGCAUUCAAGUAGCUCUAAGCUGGAGAUGAGACAGAGAAGGCAAUAUCUAAUGGAUCACACGCAGGACUUCAUGGUGCAUGAUGUUCGUCGGGCUCUUUUUGAUGUUAUUUCAUCUUUUGAUGGUAAUCUAGAGUGUGAGGAUGAUAUGGUAAAACUUAUCGAGGCACAGUUUGUAGCAUUAAGGGAGGCUUUUCAUGUUCAGGAAGAAAUGGAUCAAAAUGUUCAAGAUAAAGUUGCUGUCAAGUUGCUGAAUUUGUGUCGUACUGGGAGGCUUGGGCAUUAUACUCUGGACCAAGUUCCUGUAACAUACUGUGAUUGUUUGUAAGCUAUACAUUAAUAAAGUUAAUGUGUUCAUUUUGGGACAAACACCUCAUUGCAACUAUAUAUACAAAAAGAGUAACAUUAAAGCGGAUGAUAGUUUCCCUAGUUCAA